AUGUCUAAUAAAAUCUUUAGCAGUGGCGCAGUGUGUGCGGAUAGGGGUGCGACGUACAGGCGGGCGAAGGGCGUGCGCCAGGUGGACUCGACGAUAGGAUGUGGUACUGGAGGGCCUAGGUCGCAGUCAGAGGCAGGCAGGCGAGCCGUGUGGCGGCCGACACCGCCGUGGCGUAGCCCCGAGGAGACGCUCGAGUCCCUGCUGCGCGAGGCCGAGGCGCUCAAACAGAAGUUGGAGGAGGAGCGCCAGAAGCUCAACGAUGUGUCGCUGUCGAGCGUGGCGGAGCGCCUGGAACCCAUCGCGUUCCCCAACCUGAAGCUGCGGCGUGUGCUCAAAGGCCACCAGUCCAAGGUUCUCUGCUCCGACUGGUCUCCCGACAAGCGCCACAUCGUGUCCUCCUCACAGGACGGCAAGGUGAUGGUGUGGGACGCGUUCACGGCCACCAAGGAGCUGACCAUCGCCAUGCCGAGCACGUGGGUGAUGGCCUGCGCCUACGCGCCGUCGGGCGCGCUGGUGGCGGCGGGCGGGCUGGACAACAAGGUGACGGUGUUCCCGCUGGGCGAGGACGAGCCGGCCGCGCGCAAGCGCACCGUGGCCACGCACACGUCCUACAUGUCGUGCUGCCUGUUCCCCAACACCGACCGGCAGAUCCUCACGGGCAGCGGCGACGGCACGUGCGCGCUGUGGGACGUGGAGUCCGGGCAGCUGCUGCAGAGCUUCCAGGCGCACGCGGCCGACGUGAUGGCGCUGGACCUGGCGCCGUCCGACAUGGGCGACACCUUCGUGUCGGGCGGCUGCGACCGCGCCGUGCUGGUGUGGGACAUGCGCACGGGGCAGGCGGUGCAGGCCUUCGACACGCACGAGUCCGACGUGAACAGCGUCAAGUACCACCCGUCCGGCGACUCGCUCGCCACCGGCUCCGACGACUCCUGCACGCGCCUCUUCGACCUGCGCGCCGACCGCGAGGUGGCGCGCUACAGCAAGGAGAGCGUGAUCUUCGGCGUGAACUCGGUGGAGUGGUCGGUGAGCGGGCGCCUGGUGUUCGCCGGCUACAGCGACUACGGCGUCGCGUGGACGCGCUGCUGCGCGGCGCGCGUGUGCGUGCUGUGCGGCCACGAGCACCGCGUCACGCGCGUGCAGCUCACGCCCGACGGCACGGCGCUGUCCACCGCCUCGUGGGACGCCACGCUGCGGAUCUGGGCGUAAGGCGCCGGGUACUUACUGCGGACUGCGGGCGCAACUGUUUCAUUUCAAGUAUACUGGUACGAUUCCGAAUACCUUGUGCGUAGUUUUAGUCGAAUACAUAUACCUAUAGCACUAGUCGAUGUAGUAUGAUAAUAAAUAAUAUAUAAGUAUAUUAUUUAUAAAGAUUUAUCUAAGUAAUGUAUGUAAAUAUUGGUUACUGAGCACGUUGAAAGUGAUGUUAAUUUUUGCGAGUAUUUAUUUUGAAACGUAGUCGUGUACGGUAAGAGUGAGUCGGGCGAGGCGGCAGUCGUCCGUCCACCAGCUCAGUGUUAGUGUCCUACUAUUAUCAAUAAAUUUAAAUGUUAACAA